AUUAUUGUUUAUUUACAAGGCGUUGCCAUCUACUUUACGUGGAUACGAAAGAUUAUCAUAAACAGUAAAUAAACAGUGACGGGCUUCUAGCACUAGAUUGUUUAUGUUUUUCCAGUUGUCUUGGCAACGAAAUGCAUCCAAAAAAUCAUAUAAACAAAUGCUAGACGCGCCUUUUUAAGCAAAUUAGUAGAAAAGAAAAGAGCAUUCAAAGCAUAUUAAAACUCAGGUUUUUACGGUUUCAACACCUGACCGCACAUAAUCCUUCCUCUUUUUUAGAGGGCACUUUAUCCUUAACAUUCCUUAUAAUAAUAUAGCAUAUAAAACGUUCUAAUUCGUUGAUAAACAAAAAUGACUUCCAAAGGAGCAUCUGUUGCAAAGAGUUCUGGCGAUGUCUUUUCCUUAGGUGGUCUACCCAAUUAUCAGCAUCAUGGAGGUUGCUUUGAUUACCAAGAGUACCUUCCAGAAAUGGCGGCCACUUACUCGUGCCCUCUUUCCACUGUAAUGGAACAGCCCGAUUAUUUUCAUCAAAAGCAUGACCACCCUUUACCUACGAAUUCUUUAUCUUCUUUCCCUACCGAACUCACUGAUCAUACUGACUAUGAACAUUACAUGAACGUUCCGUUUGCCUCUUCUCUCGAUUCCUCUUCGUCUUAUGGAAACGUUCAAGCGGGCGGGAUUUCUGACUCUCACUCUUACAGUUCCUCCUAUGGUCCUUCUCUCUCUCCCCCUUCGUCGCCCUUUGAGAUAGGAAUUCACACAUCGUUGGAUCCUCCUUCUACAAUUCUUGAAGAGAAUGGCAACGAUCUAGAAUACCAAGAGAAUCUGGCAUCCGUCUGGAAAAAUGAGUUGGUAGACGAGGGUACAAACGCUUCUUUUCCAGAAGUUCCCGUUAAAGAAGAAAGUGAACCUUUGGCCUUUUACGAUAAUGAAGACUAUUGUCCUUCAGGUCAGCUAUAUCAAGAGCCAGACUUCUACAACUCUACCGGGUUUCCCAAUCAAGACGCAAUUGAGCCAAUCCAAGAUGCCAUAUCGAGUGACUUUGUCACAGUGCCCUCUUCUCCUCCUCAUUUUGAAGAAUCCUGUCCUUCUAUCCGCCCUACUAAUUUAACAUUGCAAGUCACUGGUUACGAACCAUCUCUCACAGACAUAUCUACACCAGAUACCCCCGCUAAUAUCUCUCCUGUCUCUCCCUUUGCGACAUUAACUAAGGUCGAGCCGGUCUCACCUAUGAAACCUUCUUUUGCAUUUGAAACCCUACCCCAACUACGACCAAAUAACAGGUUCCUUAAGUCUCAGGUACCCCUCGCUGGCGAGGUCUUGCAUUCUGAAAAUCAAACUUUGUCUCCUAUAAGUACUCUGCAUUUGGAUAAUCAGCAAGGUGGGUUCUCAGACAUCUUUCAUGAUGAACAAUCUUCAAUCCCCUUUUCCAAGGUUAAUAAACCCUUAGCCAUUUAUGAACGUCAAGGGCAAUGGAAACAUGAACCCAAUUGUUUUGUCCCUUCUGAAAAGAAUCACGAAAAAUCUUUUCAUGCCGUCCAACGACAGUCCCCAAAUGCUUCUGAAGUAUCGUAUUCCGUGAAGAAGGAGCCUUUGGAUUCUCAAGGUAUAGAAUAUGCACCACCACUGUUGGCACCCAAACCUCACCCGAAAAUCACCGAAAACAAUGGCUGCAAAACCUCUCGAAAGCAAUCCUCGAGAAUCUGUCGUAUUCCUCCAGAAACCAUGGCCAGCUUAUACCGUGGACCUGAAGAAGACGGCAAGUUUGUUUGUUUGUUCAAUAGUUGCUGCAAACGAAUUCGCCGAAAGUAUAAUAUUGAAUCUCAUAUUCAAACCCAUCUUAGUGAUCGUCCUUAUCGUUGUGAAAUCUGCAAAGCGGGCUUUGUCAGGCAUCACGAUUUGAAGCGACAUCUUCGUAUCCAUGAAAAUGGACGACCAUAUAUUUGUGAAUGCAGCAAGCGAUUUAACCGUCUGGACGCUCUGAAUCGCCAUAAACAAAGAAAUAUUUGCAUUGGAGGAUUAAACCGCAGAUGAAACUUGAAGGACCUUUAAUAUUUGUAUAAUGUGUGUGCUUUUUUCUUUUUUUUAUGAUGAUGAUUAAUGUUUUGGAAUUUGGUUUUUGUUUUUGUAAUCUUAAUAAUUAUUAUUUGAUUUUUUCUCUAACCUUUACUCUGGUCUAUGGAAGUAUUGUAAUGUUUAUGUUGUUCGCAAAGUAACCGAUCAAG